AUGCGGUUUCUUUGUCUUCCAGGGGCUUUCAACAAUGCAAAGACAUUCGAGGCACAACUCAAACCAUUAUGCGAUAUCCUCGAAUCCAACGGAAGCGCUACCUUCCGCUUCGCAGAGGGAAAUGUCCUUGUCGAAAUACCUCAGGAAUUUGCAGGCUUUUUUGGACCACCACCAAACUAUGCAUUCUUCAACGUGAAUAACCGGGAAGCCAUUAAUAAGCACCUCCGCCAUUUUCCACGCGGUGAAACGCCCGAGAGUACUCUGCGCUCUAUCACAAAACAUUCCGUGUCCUCAUUUGAGAGUGUUCGGUCGGCUCUCGACUACCUGAUCCAGCUCUUGGAUAAAGAGGGGGAUAUCGAUGGCGUUAUUGGAUAUUCUGAAGGGGCCCGUGUCGCUGCCUCGCUGAUUUUAGAUGAAAGACAGAGACAGAAGGACUCGGGACGGACUCCUCACAUUAAAUGUGCGAUAUUCAUUGGCGGGUGGCAGCCUGUUCAUCCUGUCUCUGGCGGUGACGUGUAUGCGGAUGAGACUGAAGAGAGGAUUGAGAUUCAUACGUGCCAUGUCCUUGGCAGUAAUGAUCCGUAUAUCGAUGCAUCGCUGGCACUGUAUAACCUUUGUGAUCAAGAUCGUGCGGAUUUGUUCGAUCAUGGAGCUGGGCAUGUUCUUCCACGUGAGAAAGCGGCUUUAGAGGAUCUCGCUGAUGUUGUUCGGAAUAUGAUCACGGAUGCGGAUGAGGGUGGUUGA